AUGUCUUCAUCCAUGAUCGCCAAAGCCACUACACUAAAGCCUGAAAUUCGUCUUGCGCAGUCUGUUUCCGAAUUCGAAGCCAGUCUUUCUGAUGAACACAAAGCAGCAUUCCGAUCUUCUCGAUCGCAGUCCCUCAACAAGCCUCCAGAUCCGUCUGACGUGAUGCGUUUGACGGCCGAGAUUGAUCGUCGCGUUGUUCAGCAAAAUGGUGGUGGCCAGUGUUUCGGCCCGCGCUUGACAAAUAUCCUCCAAGCUGUUCAGCAAUACGCGGCACUCGGAGAUGUCAUAAUAGGUGGCUCACAAAACAUCAUUGCCUGUGGAAUUUGGUCCUUGCUCCGCUUGACACUACUUGCGCUCGUCUCCUUCUCCGCAUACAUGGACAAACUUUCAAAACUCUUGAUGGUAGCUGGCCGAAAAGCUCCUCGCUAUGAGCAGAUGGCUUUGUUGUAUCCCCGGUCUUCAGACUUGCAGUCAAGUCUAUCCGAAUACUUCAUCGUCGUCGUUCAAUUAUGUCGCCAACUUUACAAGUCAUCGCGGAGAACGACCCUUGGUUCGGUUUUCUCCUUUCUGAGCGACAUUGACUUGAAAGAGCACGAGACAAGUCUACAACUGUGGGCAGAUUGCAUCAAAGAUGAGGUAACAUUGUUGACUGCGAGGAAAAUCACUGAACAGAGCGCAUCCUUGGGCGUGCUUUCGAAAAAUUCGCAACAUGAGUCGCAUCGGAAGCGUCUUCAGACCCGUUUCCGCAUACUGCAAGCCUGCUCAACAUACGAUCAUCAAACGACAUGGAAAGAGAUUCGAAAGUCUGGCAACUCGACCAUACUUGCUCAACUCAAUCGAUACUCUGAGUGGAAAGCUGAAGCACAGUCUCACACACUUCUAUGCACUGGGAAGUUAGGCUUUGGCAAAUCAGUCCUUCUAGCCAAUAUGGUCGACGACCUAAAUCUCAGUUCAACAUCCGCGGGAACUGCCGUGAUAUAUUUUUUCUGCCGUCACGACAUUCAGGAAAGUUUGCGGGCACGCACCAUCAUCGGCAGCAUAGCUCGACAACUCAUCAACACAAUUUUGGAUCGACUACCGGAUGAAUUCAUAGACAGAAACAGUGUGUCCAAUCUCGAUGAUCUGCUCGAAUUCGUUUUGCGCGUGGUUCCAAGGGCUAUGAAGGCCUUCCUCGUCCUCGAUGGUCUUGACGAGUGCGCCGACAACGAGAUAGCGAUCAUAUGGCGACACUUGAAGCGACUGCAAGAAUCAUUUACCUUCAAUAUUUGCUGUUCGUUCAGAACAGAUGUGCACCUGAAAGGACCAUUGGAGUCUGCUCAGAUGUUGCUUCAUGUCAGGGUUGCUCAACUUCCUGAAGAGAACCCCGAUAUUUCUACAUUCAUCACUGCAGAGCUGGCAAGGUGCAUAGACUCGGGCCGUCUUUGCAUCGGAGAUUCAACCCUCAUACAAGAAAUACAGCACGUCUUGGUCCAUCGCGCUGAAGGUAUGUUCUUGUGGGUUAUUUUGCAGAUUGCAUCGCUCUGCACCGCACAAUCAGAUGCAGAAAUACGAGAAGCCCUGGAAGACCUCCCCAAAGGAUUACCAGAAACAUUCUCGCGAAUCUUGCAAAAGUAUCGAGGCGCAGGAGAGAAGUACCAAGAUUUGAUACUCCAGCUUUGUUUGGCUGCUCAGCGCCCACUCACCACGGAACAGCUCCGAGAGGCAUUGAGUGUUGUGCCAUACAAUACCGAGUGGAAUCCAGCUCGACUGAUCAACAACAUUCUCUCGGUUCUAUCGUUCUGUGGAAGCCUGAUAACUAUUGAUGAAGAGAAUUUGACGGUUCGAUUCUUACAUCAUAGUGUGAAACAAUAUCUUCUUGGAGACUUUGAUCCCGUGGACAAGCCGAUUUUGACAUUGGAAGAUGCAAAUCGGACAAUGGGAGAAGUCAUAGUCACAUACUUGAACUACAACACGUUUGAAAAUGCUAUAUCUACGACGGUAAUUCCAGAGAUCAUGGCGCAAGAUAUGCCUUCAGAUAUUGUCAAAUCGGCUUUUCGCCAUUCUAUGCCUGUCCGACACGUAGCACUCAGCAUGUUCAAACGUAGGCUACCUUAUCAACACGACUUGAGGAAUACUCUGAUACGUGCAAGAAACACCUCCAGAGAGAAUGUACAGUUCGAAUUCCACGCGUAUGCUCAAGCUUUCUGGCUUUGGCAUGUUCAAUGGGUAUUCAAUCACCAGGAUGCAAGAUCCUUGGAUCUUCUCAUGACACUGUUGAAGAAGAAGAGGGUCAACAUCAACGACAAGGAUGAGCUUGGCAACAAACUUCUGUUUAAAGCAAUGAGUUCGUCAACCUUGGAAGUUGUGAAACGUUUCCUGGACUACGGCUCUGACAUUUAUGAUGUGAGUGUGAACGGCUGCACAGCACUUCACAUGGCAGCCUAUUGGGACAGAAAGGAUAUCAUAAUGUGCCUGAUUGAUUCUGGAGCUAGAAUAGAAGCAAUGGAUCUCAACGGUAUGACAUCUCUGAUGGUUGCAGCCUCUGAAGGACGUCAGAAGGCCUUGCAAUGUCUUCUUGAGUCUGGAGCCAACAUACAAGCUAGCACCCCUGGUGGUAUGUCAGCUUUAUCAUUAGCAGCCUACCGAGGACAUCUGGGUACCAUACAAUAUCUGCUUGAACAUGGUGCAAGCAACAGACGCAAGGACAAGUACUUCCGCACACCGCUACUAUUGGCAGCACUCCGGGGUCAUCGACAAGCUGUCAAGCUUCUCGCAGGCUUUCCCGGUGAGGACUUGGAGACUAGAGACAGCGAUGGCAGGACAGCGGUCUCUUUGGCAGCUUAUCAGGGGCACGAGGACGUUGUAAAGUCUUUGCUCAAUAGAGGCGCCGAUAUCGAGACCAGGAAUAGCUCUGGCUGGACACCCCUGAUGCUAUCAGCUACUGCAGGUCAUGCUCAUGUCGUGAAUCUCCUGCUCGAUCGUGGCGCCAACAUCGAAAACAAAGGCAGCAAUGGCUGCACGCCAUUACUCUCAGCCAUUGAGAAAGGUCACAGGACUGUUGUUCAGUCCUUGAUCGAUCGUGGCGCCAAUGUGCUGGCCAUGACACAGGACGGCAGUUCAGCAUUGCAAAUCGCCAAUAGUCACGGGGAUGAGGUUGUCACCCAGCUUGUGGUUGAUAGCAUCACUGUUGUCAAGCCCAGGCGUAAGACAAAUGUGAGGACUACUGCCGCUUCUUCUCAAGCCAAGAUCCAACAUGAUGUUCACUCUCAGAAAGAUGUUGAUUACACUGCUUUCCCCUCGGAAGUACGUACGCCAACUACUGUUACUCUUCCUCCUCAAUUUCAGAGCCAGCAGAAUGCCAAUCAUGCGUCCGAUGCCAAAAUAGGACUUGCUGGCAGUUCCAACUUGAUUGCAAAAAGCUCGGACUUAAUUUGGGCAGCUCACAAUGGACAUGAUGCCUUGGUAAUGUUCUUGAUAUCCUACGGUGCCCAUGUUGAGGUUCAAGACGAACAAGGCGCAACACCACUGCUACGAGCGGCUGAAAAGGGGCAUAUUUCUACGAUGAAGUUCCUGCAGAGCAGAAGUGCGAACAUUCAUGCCAGGACUUCGGACGGCAAAACAGCAUUACACAUAUCAGCAAAACGAGGACACCUAAAUAUUAUGCAAUUUAUGCUGUACAAUGGCAUAAAUGUCCAUGCAAGGGAUUGGGACGGCAAAACAGCAUUGCACAUCUCAGCUGAGCGGGGUCAUCUAGAUAUGGUGCAAUUAUUGCUGGCACAUGGUGCGAGACAUGGAGAUGACCUAUUGGACCGCACAACAGCGUUACACUUGUCAGCAAAACAAGGGCAUGUGCAAGUUGUGAAAUGUUUACUCGAUCAUGGUGCCAUUGUUGAUAUCAAAAAUCGUCGCGGCAAAACGGCGCUAUCGUUGGCAAGGAAACAGGGACAUGAUGUGGUGGUUAAGUAUUUGUUGGACCACGGCGCGACGGAGGACACUGCAGAUCCAUAA